AAUUGGCAAACGGGUCGUGUUGUGGGGGGUGACUAGUUGUGAGAGGAUAAACAAUCUUUGCAGUUGUCAAUUUAUAGCUGUUAAUAGCUACCCGGUGCUGGAGGAAAAUCGUAUGGUUCGAAGGAGGGGAACGAUUUGGUAUUUGACUGAACGGCCUUGGCCCCGCGUUCGACGGCAUGGAGAAACAGUUGCAUUUGAAUGUGUUAGCCUCCAGACCUCCCGUGCCAGAAGGAGGCUUGCAGUCGCGGUCUAAAAUGAGAAUGGGACCUGGACGGAAGAGAGACUUCUCCCCUCUGUCCUGGAGUGAAUACUUUGAAGCGAUGGAAGAUGUAGAAGUGGAAAACAAUAAUGGCAAAGAUACGUUCAGAAUCUACAGCAGCGGCCAGCAUGGUCCUGUGCUGCUCCUGCUCCAUGGAGGAGGCCACUCUGCUCUCUCCUGGGCUGUGUUCACUGCGGUGAUAUGCAGCAGAAUUAACUGCAGGGUGGUGGCUAUGGACCUCAGGGCCCAUGGUGACACCAAAGUAAAGAAUUCUGACGAUCUCUCAGCGGAAACAAUGGCCAAGGACAUUGGCAAAGUGGUGGAAGCACUCUAUGGAGAAAACCCACCUCCGAUCAUGAUGAUUGGACACAGCAUGGGUGGAGCUAUAGCAGUUCAUACCGCUGCAGCAAACCACGUGCCGUCGUUACUUGGUCUGUGUGUGAUUGAUGUCGUGGAAGGCACAGCAAUGGAUGCCUUAAACAGUAUGCAGAAUUUCCUCAGGAGUCGACCAAAGACCUUUAAGUCUGUGGAGAAUGCCAUUGAGUGGAGUGUGAAGAGUGGACAGAUCCGAAACGUUGAGUCAGCUCGUGUGUCCAUGGGAGGCCAGGUGAAAAAAUGUGAGGAACCCCUCAACAGUCCAGGCGUCUCCAAGAGCAUCAGCGACGGCAUUAUUGAAGAGGAAGAGGAGGAAGAAGAGGAAGGAGAAUCCAACCACAAAAGGAAGAAGGAGGAUGACCAAGAGGUGAAGAAGGAGACCAUUUAUACCUGGCAGAUUGAUCUGUCAAAGACAGAGAAGUACUGGGAGGGCUGGUUCAGUGGCCUGUCUGCCCUCUUCCUUUCCUGCCCUGUGCCAAAACUGCUCCUGCUCGCUGGUGUGGACAGGCUUGACAAAGAUCUCACGAUUGGACAGAUGCAAGGGAAGUUCCAGAUGCAGGUGCUCCCUCAGUGUGGCCAUGCUGUCCAUGAGGACGCCCCUGAAAAAGUAGCAGACGCUCUGGCCUCGUUCAUGGUCCGUCACAAGUUCACUGAAUUUAAGGAGGGUUUCCUGUGCUAAUGGGAUCCAAAUAAACAAUAAACUACAUAGACAAGUCCCAGCUUUGCCCUGGACCCAACCAGCAGUCAUGGAGGAGUUGCCUGGAGCCUCAAAGACACCAUCUUCUGCCAAUUACUCCCAACUGGGAUAAAAUAGAUGUAAAAUUCUCAGCACUUAAAUUUAAAUAAUAUUUUGUAACAAUUUAUUAUUACUACUACUAUUAUUUUUAUUUUUUUUAAAUCAGGGAUUUGGUUUCACCCAUCCCACUCAACCUUUUUUCUUUUAAUUUCCUGUGAUGCCUUGCCUGUUUCUUGUUAAAUUUAGGCUAACUGCAUAUUGUUGUGCUAUGUGUUUAACGUUGUUGGAUUUUAAGAAUGAUGAUUAAAAAUGGAUAAGGAA